AUGGCAGAUGGCAAACCCAGCGUAUUCAUGAUCAAUUCCCGUACCUUACCAGAGCCCCUUGACUCCGAGCCAGCCUGUUGGGUAACUGUAUAUUUCCACGAAAAGAUGGCCGAAACCCAUUGGGAUGAAGAUCUUGCUCAGUAUGUUUUCAUGGAAAUUCAAAGUGGACGUGCGGAAAUUGGCCACAAGUCGAGACAUGGCCUUUCUUGCAAGUGCAUCUCGCUUCCGGUGACUGGAGUUUCGCUUCGUCGGAAGGCCGAAGUUUACAAACGUGCUGCGUACAUUGCACAAGGAUGGCAUCAGCGCAUCCUUGCCAAGCAGGUUCAGUUGGACCGGCAGCGUAUCUUCUUCAAGUCCGGUGUUUCAGUGGUUGCUCCGCCUAAAAUAUUGGAAGAGGGGGCACCUUUCUAG